AUGGAUGAAGAAGAUGUAAUAUCUGCUGAUGUAAACGUAGGAUUAAGACCCAAAACUAUUUACGGUUUGCGUGUCGAUGUUUUGGGUAACAUACAAUUUAAUCUGCAACAAGAAGUGAUUUAUCCAGUGGAGGGCGUCUUGGCUUUCCAUGAUUUUGUUAAUAAUAAGCAGAGAUUUUUGCGUUUGCCCGAAGAAACUGUACCAUUGAUUAUACAAAUUAGUCCGCACCGAAAACUAUUGGCAGUUUUAGAACAAACAAAGCUGGGAAAAAGUAUUUCGAUUUAUGACUUGGCCUCGCUUAAGAAACGUCGAGUUUUAGAAUUACCAGCUACUUCGAAAAAUGCUCAAGUCGGUCAAAUUAUUUUCACAGUUGACUCCAGAGCUUUGUUAGUCCUAACAAAGCCACCUGAUGGACGUAUAUACUUAUUAAUGUUAGACAGAACCAAUACAAUAGUGGACAGUCGUGCAGCACCGCCUGCAUCACGCAGCAUUGCAGAAUGCGUGGCUGGUAGUCCCCAAGAUGUGAACUUAUUUGCGGUGGGUGGCCACCAUUUGUUAACAUUAAUGACAAAAUCGGAGAGAGGCUUUAAUAUAAGCAAUAACUUAAAGUGUCCCUAUCAUAUUAUGUCUAUGACGUUUAUGAGCUUCGAUUUGCUUAUCGUGGGAACAACCGAGAACGAAUUAAUAUUAGUAGAAAACGGUGAAUUAAAAUUGGUACAGAAAGCCAGCGAAGCUGAAGUUAUAGACUUGCUUAUCGAUCAGGAGACUUUUGAUCGAGAAAACGAACAUCGCCUGUACACAACAGAGAAAUUAGCCGACAUACGCGUCGUGUGCAUGACAUCCUUUAGUCGAGGUUUUGCUUUUGCUAUUUCUAACAGGGUGUACGUCUUUGAACGUGUUUCCAAAUUUAAAUAUGAGCGAAAAACUGUAUUAACAGUACCGGUUACAUUAUUCUCCGAGAAUUUGUAUCAAAUAAGGAACUUGGCUAUAGAUAGCAAACAGGAAACCGUUAUAGUAACAACGAAACAUCCACAAAUCUAUGUUGGCAUAUUAAUAGUACCGGAAACUCUAAAAACCAAAUAUUUGACCUUUACACCUUUAGGAGCAUUGCUCCACAUUGGCGAGAUUGUCGACGUUUCUGUGUGCAGUUGGAAACCCAUCAUAAUGACAGCUUCCAAGGAUCAAACUAUACGUAUUUGGAAUUAUGAAACGGAAAAAGUGGAGCUGGUACGUAAAUUUCAAGUAGAUGUUAACAUAGUGGAGUUGCAUCCAAGUGGUUUAAAGGCAGCCAUUGGCUUUUCUGAUCAAUUACGAAUAACCCAUAUAUAUAUGGAUGAAUUAAACAUUGUGAAAACUUAUAAUCUACCGCGAUGUAAAGACGUCAAGUACUCGAACUUUGGCCAUUUAAUGGCUGCCGCAUUUGACAAUACAAUUGCUAUCUCGUCUGUAUACAAUCUUGAGAUUCUGAUAAGAUUAAAGGGACAUAAUGGCAUAGUUUUAUCAGUGGCUUGGUCAAGAACGGACAAGUAUUUAUUUUCGGGUGGUGCUGAAGGGGCCAUUUAUCAGUGGGAGGUGGAGAGUGGAAAUCGUUUGCAGGAAAUAGUUCAAAAAGGAACUGAAUACGUUUCAGUGCGUAGUACAUUUAAUGAGCCACUUUCCAUUUAUGCGGCCACCGAUUCUGGUUUAUUACGUGAAUUCAGAAACUCUGAACUUGUACGAGAAAUUGUUGUCCCCUCGCACUCUAAAUGUCGCCUAACUGACUUGUGCAUAACACGUUCUGAUCUUAUAAUGUUUGUGGCGAACGAGGUCGGAGAUUUAUUUAAUGUACAAUUGCCAUUAAUGGAUGCUGGCGGUGGCAGUUGCACCAAUUUCCGUUUCUUUGCAACAGCAAUACACAAGUUACGUUUCUCAUACGAUGGGACUUUAUUGAUUGCCAUUACGAAGGGUGGAACCCUUUCGAUCUGGGCAAUGGAAAACAUUGAAGGUAAAGUUGCCGCAAUGGAUCAAGAUUUACUACGAAGUCAAGAAGUUUUAAUACCGCGAAACAUACUUAGUGAGAAAAACGAUCAAAUUGUUAACUUGGAAUUACGGCUGCGGCAACAGGCUGAGGAAUUUCAAUAUCAAUUAAGUCAAAAUGAAAUUUUUGAUGGGCAACAAUUGGCUGAAGUUCAUAAGUCCUAUUGCUACGCUUUAGAAGAGUUAAAACGUAUGAAUAACGAGAUCGAGGAACGUCAUACCGAAGAGAUGAAUCUAAUUACAUUUCAAAUACAAGACCUGAAGGAAGAACAUAAAAAACAGCUAAACCACUUAGCUACACAAUAUUCAGAGCGUAUGCUUAUUGAAUAUCAAAAAUUCUCCAAAUUGCGGGAAAGUAUGCUCGAGUUGCGAGAAAAUUAUGAAGCUAAACUGAAAAAGUCGGCGGGUACGCUACAGGAUACCGUUGAAGGCCUAGAGCUGGAUUACAAGAAACAGCUGGAUGAAAGAAAAGGACUGAUAAGAGAUUUGAUGAAAGAAAUGGAAGACAAGAAAGUUGAGUUCAUCGCUUACUGUCGCCAGGUGGAGGUAGAAAAUGAUCGUAACAUGGUUGAAACUCAAAUAGAGUAUGAAAAGUGCUUAACCACCGAACGCAACGAAACUCAAUUAUGGCGUGGUCGUGCCGGGGUGUUACAAAAAAAAUAUGACACUUUAACGAAGGAAGUAGACAAUUUAUUGGAGGAGGUGGAAGUCCUCAAAGAAGAACAAAUAAAAUCUCAAAAGAAUAUAGCAAAGCUAAAUCGAAAUAUUGAGGAUCUACAAAAAGAUAUAUCCGAUCGCGAUUAUGCAAUCAACUCUAAAGAGAAACGUAUACAAGAGUUGUUACAUAAGAAUCAAGAAUUAGAUAAGUACAAGCAAGUCUUGAACCAUAAAAUAGCCGAACUUAAAGCUCAGAUAGAACCUCGCGAAUUUCAAAUAAACGAUAAACGUAAGCAUAUUUUAGAAAUGGAACAUGAAUUGGCUGGCUUAAAUCAAAAUAAUGCCCAGCUAGAGUUACAGCUGAAGGAACUCAAGGAUAAGUAUAUCAGCAACGUGGCGGACUUGAAACUAGAACGUCAUCGAGCUCGUGCCGCACGCGAAUGUAUUCAAAAUAUAUGUACAGAAAUUUAUCAUGUAGCUAAUCAUAUUAAUUCUCCCAAUCAAUUGAAAGUGGCCGUAAAAAAUCUCUUUCAACGUCAUGCCAGCGAUGAUGAACUUAAACGUUUCAUAUCCUUGGACGCAAACGUGCGCGAUGAAUUUCAACGUCAGCGUGGGCAAAUCGAACGAGUUUUGGAAAUUUAUAAACAUCGCUCGGACGAUCGAGAUGAAAAACGGAAGUACGAGAAAAUAUUUAAGGAAAAUGUUUUGCUUCUGGAAGAGGUUGAUAAGCUACGAGAAGAUAAUCAAGCCGUACGUGCACUGCUGAAAAAGGAAAUGAAUUUAAAUAAGAGAUUUAAAAAAACAGCCGACAAAAACAAAUCUCCUCAUGAAUCGCAAUCAGGGAUAGAAAAAUCGGCAGAAAAAAUAAAAUAA